AUGCGCGUGCGUUUAGUCAUUAGUCACUUUGGUAUUGGAGUUUGAUCUGUUUAAGUUAGGGAGCGCGCGGGGCUUUCUUCCCGCGCGGCUGUUUACUCUUGGUAGCUUUCUCAUCACUCGCUCUACAUUGUGGUCCUGACUUCUCGGCGUCGUGCACCCUCACCUAUCGGAAGGCUUUACUUCCGCGCUCGCAUCGUUUCUGCGAUAGGUUAUGAGCGCAACGGGUAGCGUAGGAGGCCCGGGUCAGUAAAGCGAUUCCCAUCGCACCACCAUCGGAAUGAGUUGGGAAAUGGGAAUUCCCGGAACUGAGUGUUACGAAGAACAAAAGAAGAUUUGGCUGAACUGAGAGUCGAACUCAGGUCCACUCCAUUAAUUAGAGUUGCUCUGACCUCUGAGCUACUCAACCAGCGGGAAUAGGUCAAAGCAGCGGCGCACCCGGGUCAAGCCGGCGGCGGUUCUCCCUCCCAUUCUGGCAGACCUUGCUGUCAAAGAUCGCGUUCAAGGCACUCGACACGGUCCGACAUGUCCAUCCUUGCACCCCUGCAUUCACUCGUCCUCACUACCGUGGUAGAGGGGAAGAGCGAAAGAUUUGCUCGUGGUCGCGGAUCGACUAUAUUCUUGUCCAAUGCAGUUGGGCGAACCGGUUGUUGAGCGCUUCUACGCUCUUCGAUGCGCCCUGUUCGGACCACAGACCUGUAGUUGCGACUUUCGCUUUGCCUACAUCGAACGCUGAUGCCGAACCCCCCCCUUUCUCUUCCCUCCACGAGCGAUUUCAUUUCGAGGCUCAACCCAAUGGUCUUUGACGAUCAAGACUUUGUCGCAUCGAUUCCCGGGGUCGUCGACGAGGUCUAUCGAAGGCUCGAGGGGACCGCUCCGCUCGGCGACGUCUAUGACGCCGCUCUGCGGGCGGUUGCAGUCGCUGGCCAUGCACGAUACCGCUCGACUCGUGCCGACAUGCGCCGACUGCGGGCCGAGAGCCAAUCCGUCAUGGAGGCUUUGGAGGCACGCGGUGAGCACAUGAAUGAGGCCGAGCGCGAUGCGUAUGCUCUUGCCAAGUCGCGGUUGGACCAGUUGGCGGUAAAGGAGGCUCAGUGGCUGCGCAUUCGUGCGCAUGUGCCGUCAGUCGACUCGAGGGAAGGUCAAUCGGCAAGCAUUCGCACGCGCCUCAACCGCCGGAGUCGCCAGACGAGCAUCGUCUCGCUGGAGGAUGUGGAUGGCACCGAGACCGUUGACAUGCAGGAGGCGCUGGGUAUUGCUUCACGGCACGCGCAGUCGCUCUUCACGCCGGACCCAGCUCGUGGCGACCCGACGAACGCACGCCGGUCCCUGCUCGACCCUAUUCGCGCAGCGAAAUGCUACGAUGACGACCGCUCGGACCCUACGUUCGGUCGUCGGCUACCUCGUCAAGCGAGAGUGGCGCUUGACGAGCCCUUCACCCUCCUCGAGGUUGAAGCGGCGUUGAAGAAGACGGAUUCGGGGCGAUCACCGGGGCCCUCGGGCAUUCCGUACGAACUCUUCAAGGCGCUGCCAACCUACUUUGCUCCCAAGCUGUUGGACUUGUUCAACUCGAUUUGGGAGGGCGGCAAAAUGACGGCGUCCUUGGCAGAGGGGCUGGUGCGGCUCUUGCCCAAGAAUAAACCGGGGGCCAAUCUGAAAUCACUGGGGGCAUACCGACCGAUCACAUUGCGCGAGACGACCUACAAGGUCCUCAGCAAGGUCUUGGUGGCGCGACUCAAUGGGGUGCUCGGCGAGCUUUUGCCGCCGGCGCAACACGGUUUCAUGCCAUCAAGACGUUCAGCGGACGCGGGAAGUCAUCUCACUCUCCUUCUCGAAAAACUCAAGUCGCUAGGCACUGAUGUUUUCCCCGAGGGCGCCCUCUUGUCUUUGGAUCAGCAGAGCGCGUACGAUCGGGUCGAUCACGCCUGGAUCUUCGAGGUCUUUGAGGCCUUUGGGUUCGGUGAGCGUUUCAUCUCGCUGCUGCGCGCUCUCUACGAUCCCGAGACUCUGGGGGUGCGCUACCUUGUCAAUGGGUUCCCCACGGACUUGGUGCGGUUGCUGUGUGGUCUCGGUCAGGGGGAUCCCCUCUCGUGCCCGGUUUGGAAAAUCACGUUCCAGCCCUUCCUCGACGCCCUCGUUCGGCGCGGGAUCGCGCUCGACCUGCAGAAGGUGUGGCCAGGGGGGGCCGCGUGCGCAGCUUACGCAUCUGGCGUUUGCCGACGAUGCUGUGGUGGUGGUGGAGUCACCGGCGGCAUUGUCGAAGCUGCAAACGCUGUCGCAGACGUGGUACGAGGCUACCAACGGGAAGACCAACACGGACAAGACGCUGGUGCUACCACUCGGACCGAACUGGCUUCGGGACGAGACUGCGCAGGCGCUGCCAACGGUGCAGGAGGGGGAGAGCUUCAAGUGGUGCGGCUAUGCCUUCUUUCGCCACGGUGACUCGAAACUGUUUUGGACCCAUGUUCUUGACAGGAUCAAGGCCAAGGCCCGCACCGCUCGAGACCGGACACUUUCGCCGAGUGGGAAGGUUUUCUAUGCCAACGCUCACAUCAUCUCGACGGUCCUCCACGUGCUGUCCUUCGACAUACCGCCUCAAUGGUUCAUUAAGGCGGCGGAGACGGCACUUACGGACUUUGUCUGGGGAGGAGCAGGGCGAAAUACCGUCGCUCGCGAUUUCGUGUUCCAGGCUCGGGAGGACGGUGGCUUGGGUAAGCGCUUCUGGAGAUGGCUUCAUGACCGGUUCGCGUCUGCUGUCGAGCAGGACACCCACUGGCGGCUCAUGUACGACGUGACGCCGACGCGCAAGAGGCAGCAUACUCAGGGUCAUGCCUCUUCGCCGACGUGUCUGUUCUGUGGCAACGAUGCAGCGGUCAUCGAGACGGUGUCCCACUACUUUUUCGAGUGCGCGUACUCGACCAGCUUCUGGGGUGGGGUGCUACGCAUUCUGCUUGACAAGCUCGGCAUCGAGGAUACCGACGUCGAUCCGUCGACGUUCACUCCGGAGCAGCUGACUAUGGGGCUCCCCCUUUUGCGGGGUCGUGGGAGAACGACCUCGAAAUGGAUGUGGGUUCGGCUGGCCUGCGCGAUCGGUAUCCAGCGGCUGCACCUGCUCCGCUGGCGCGUUCAUCAGCGGUUCGAGCUGGACAACGUCGUGGCUUCUCCCUCGCUUCCCAGUGCGCUCAGAGCGUUCGAGCGAGAUUUUCUCUCUCGAGCGGGCUUUGUGCCUGGGGCUCGAGAUUGGGAGGUGUGAUGACCGAGUUAAGUCCUUCCUUCCCAUUUUCCUCCCCUGCUCUCUCUCCCCUCCUUUCCUCCCUUCCUUUUCGGAGGUCGACUUUUCUUUCAGAAGCUGACUGUCUUGAAACUUGUUGCGCAGUGGAAGGCUGCGCACCUCUCCCUCUCUCUACUUUGUGCAGUAGCGGUUUUCGUUCUUGGAUGGAUCGGCAAGCCGGGUCGAUCGUCGUUGCGUUGGAGGCUUUGUGAAGUUCUCCCCUCUCUUUCCCCUUUCUCCCUUCCCUUCCUCUUCUCGUUCCUGUUGCUCGGUUGUUGACUACGCUUCAGCCACUUCUCCUUUUAUUCCUAAGUCGUGUGUUGGAUUCCGUCGAAUCCAUCGUUCGUUCGCGUUGGUCAAGAUCUACGGCAUGGAUCGGGAAGAAAGGUCGCUCGUUUUUUUGGUCAAUAUCCUCGCGUCAAGGCGAGGCUCGUUUCGUUGUAUUGGAUCGUUUUCGCUCGGCCCCGACGGCUCAACAGCCAGCACUCGAGACUCAGCCAAGGGAGGACAUCAGGCGCUGUCGGGGUGACGAGUAG